GUACACUCUUAAGGCCGCGAUAACGCGUGUUAUAGCGCAUUUUGAUCAACUAAUGAGGGCCUCACUUAUCCUCUCUUGCAGUGAAUUUCCUGCAAUGUAUCUAGCGUUCUACUGUAGUUGAGGACUCACUUAGAAUGCUCCUGUAAGAUGCUAUAAUGUUGCAUGCAGCAAACCAGAAUACAGCAAACCAGGACUCAUCCUUUCUUGCAAUUAGAACUGCUUUUAAGUAGUGCCUUCUCUGGUAGGAGCGAUGGAUCCUUCUAACAUUUCGCAGACGAGGAACGGGCAUUACGAUGUUUACAGGAUCGCGAUCUACCAGAACUCGACCGCCAGAGGCGUGAGCUCUAUCUCCGCGAGAACACGGCCAGAGCUGUUGCAAGAGAAAUUUAUGGCUUUUGGUGGUAACGCUUGAGAUACUGAUAGUAAGGAUUUGUUACUUGUUCCAUGGAAGUCGGCUCUCUCUCUUUGAUUCUUAGCAUUCAUCUGAAAAAAUGAUCGUAGGACGUGAAGAUAUGGCUGAGGAGAAUUUUUAGGUCCGUGGUUUGACGGUGAGAAAUUAGAUUUACCAAGUAGAUCUACACGUGACGAAACUUACCAAGUAGGCGCCACAGACCAAGUCUAUGAUUGGGAGCGACGAAUCAAACGAUGCUGGAGUGGCCAACCUCCUCUAAGACAAUGAUAGGCCAGAGCCACCGACGAGUUAUGUGCGCUUUCAGGAUGGCUUGGAUGAGAAAG